AUGAUUCACGCUUUAAAAUCCAGAAGUACCUAGCGAAACAGCCAUCCGUUUUUACAUGCUUGGACUUAAAAGUGUUCCGUCCUCCCUACCCUACCCUGCUUGCGCGCCCAAAUCUACAAAGCGUUCACUCAUGUUGCUUGAGAGCCUGGGUCGAGUUCUUGAUUAGAAAGCAAGAUGGCGGACAAGCUAGGCUAAAGGCGUCUGUUACCAGCAAGUUCAGGUGUAGACGAAAUGUACCCUCUCCUGGCUCAGAAACUUGGUUGUUCUUCUUUGAGAAGUUAUUUAGUCUGUUUAACUCCAAGGAAUUUCAUCACGUACAGGAGUAACAGACUAACAGUUCUUAGGGAACAUCAAAUCUCAAAAAUCAUCACAAAAAGUGCUUCAAAAUAUACUGCAGAGGCAUUCAGAUGGAGAACUUUGCAUGUCUGGAAAUUAUUAGAACAGAGAUCAAAUUCUUAUGCCCAUCCCUGGUAUCUUCUCAAGUAUACUGGACUCUUAGCUGUUGGAACUUUAGUUGUCAGAUCAAAGAUUUCUAGUGCCUCCUGUGGGCCGAAGUUGAGUCACAAGUCAUCAUCACAGCUUUCGCAGGGCAAAGACAAAGAUGGGAAGAGAUCACAGCCAAAAUUUGAUUUCAGAGAAUUCUGGAAAUUCCUGUGGCCUGAUAUUUGGCUUUUACUAUUAGCAAGCUUGAGUGCUUUUGCAGUUGCCAUGGUGAACAUUGAAUUACCGCUGUUGCUUGGGAACCUUGUAAAUGCUGUCUCUAGUUUAACAAGUGGCAAUCUAAACACAGACAUAUUUCAAGUAUUAAGAGAACCUGCAAUGAAAUUGAUAUCACUUUAUGGGGCUCAGUCAGUCCUUACAUUUGCUUAUAUCUCAUUUCUUUCUUGUUUGGGUGAGAGGCUUGCAGAGCGAAUGCGCAAUGCUUUAUUUGCAUCAUUGAUACGACAAGACAUUGCUUUCUUUGAUGAUCAUAAAACAGGAGAGCUAGUCAACAGGUUGACCAGUGACAUUCAAGAUUUCAAGAGUGCAUUUAAGCAGAUUAUUUCCCAAGGUCUGCGCAGUACAACUCAGACUGUCGGCUGUGUGGUAUCACUUUAUAUGAUUUCACCCAAACUGACAGGUGUAAUGAUGGUCAUCUUACCAGUUGUCAUUGUUGGUGGUACUUUGUUUGGCUCCCUAUUAAGGAGGCUCUCCAAGGCUGCUCAAGAACAGGCUGCUAAGGCAACUGCAGUUGCUGAUGAGGCUCUUGGAAAUGUGCGAACUGUGAGGGCAUUUGCUAUGGAAGAUAAAGAAACUAACUUGUAUCAAGAUGAAGUGUCUAAAUCCAAGGCACUGAAUGAGAUGUUAGGUGUUGGAGUUGGGUUGUUCCAAGGUUUGUCAAAUCUAGCCAUUAACGGCUUGGCACUGGUAGUGUUGUAUUAUGGUGGAUCACUUCUUGCUGCCAAAGAAAUGGAACCUGGAGACUUGAUGAGCUUCCUGGUGGCUACACAGACUAUACAAAGGUCUUUAGGUCACAUAUCUCUCCUAUUUGGCCAAAUUGUGCGUGGCAUGAGCUCAGGAGCAAGGGUGUUUGAGUACCUAGCAAUCGAACCCACCAUACCAGUUACAGGUGGUAAACAAGUCCCCCUUGAGAACAUAUGUGGAGAAGUUAGCUUUAAGGAUGUUACUUUUGUGUAUCCUACACGACCCAUGCAAACUGUUCUUAAAGACUUUUCCCUGUCAGUGCCAGCUGGUAAGAUGGUUGCUUUGUGUGGAAGUAGUGGAGCUGGCAAGUCAACUGUAGCAGCCCUGUUGGAGCGUUUUUAUGAUCUGAAGAGUGGAAGCAUUUUUCUUGAUGGUCAUGACAUAACUUCCUUGGAUCCCACAUGGCUGAGGGGACAUGUGAUUGGAUUUAUUCACCAGGAGCCUGUGCUGUUUGCCACUUCAGUUUUAGAGAACAUACGUUAUGGCCGCCCAGAAGCAACAGAUGAUGAGGUUUUAGCAGCAGCUCAGCAAGCAAAUGCUGAUGGCUUCAUUAGAGAUUUUCCUGAGGGAUACCAAACUGUCCUUGGAGAGAGAGGUGUUACUGUGUCAGGAGGACAGAAACAAAGGAUUGCAAUUGCCAGGGCACUUCUAAAGAACCCAGCCAUUCUCAUCCUAGAUGAAGCAACAAGUGCCUUAGAUGCAGAAUCUGAACGUGUUGUACAAGAAGCUUUGGACAAAGUUACUAAAGGACGCACUGUGAUAGUUAUUGCUCAUAGGCUCAGUACCAUACAGAAUGCUGAUAUGAUUGUGGUUCUUUCCCAUGGUAACAUUCGCGAGGUGGGAACACAUCAAGAAUUAAUGGCCAGAGAUGGACUUUAUGCAGACCUUGUACGACAGCAAAUUCAAGAACAGGAUUAACUUAGCAUGUGCCCCAAUAGAUGUUGAAGUACAAGAGCAGAGACCAUGAGAUGUCAUCCAUCUGAGCAGUGUUAAUCACACUUCAGUGCCCUAAAAACCACAUGUUAGAUCCAUUUGAUAAAUUCCUGUGUCACCUUAAGGAUUAGCUUGAGUUAACUUGUUUCACACCAUCCAGUAGAUUUCAUUUGAAGACAUCUUGUUUGUGACUUUUUACAUUUCAUUAAGGGGCUGAGUUUCUAAAGAAACUGUGGUGCUGCAUCAGUGGGGAGUGUUACAAGAUAAUUUGGUGCUAUCACUUGAGUCGAUGAUGUAAAUUAGCCACAGUAAAGAGGUUAUAGCACUUGCCUUCCGAGUGUUAGCCCUCUUUCAAAGUGAAUAUCAUAACUACUUGUAAUCAAAUGUACUGUGUGUUAGUUUAGCUUCUCAGAUACAUACGUGCAGAGUUAAAGCAACUGAUAUGACAUAGGAUUCCACUCCAUUUUGACUGGGUGAAGAAAUCAAUUUAACUCAAAAUGAGCCUUUGGGAAGAGAGGGUGGACUCCACCCUAGAUCAGCUAUGAUGCUCUUUGUCCCAGAAAGUGGUAUUGCCAUCAAUGUAGCCUACAGUGCAGGUGUCUCAUUAGGGCAAGUUAAGAUUAAGAAGCUGGCAACCUUUUACUCAUGUUUGGUCUGAAGUUAGAGUCAACAGUG